UUCAUGUUUAAUUUUUAUAAUCUUCUUGUGAUUAAAAGUAUAGAUCAAGGAAUAGUGACGAGGGUAUGGCAGAUGGUGGGAAGAACAUCUGCAAAAGGUUCCAGCCUCACAUCCUUAUGGUUCUUGCUCAGAUAGCCUACACUUUUCUCUACUUCAUAACAGAAGCUUCCAUUGCUCAUGGCAUGAAUCCUCAUGUCUAUAUUACUUAUCGUCAUAUUGUGGCCGCUCUAGUGAUGUUCCCUUUGGCUUAUUUCCUGGAGAGGAAAUUAAGGCCAAAGAUGACAAUAGCCCUUUUCUUGGAAAUAUUUGUUCUCUCUAUCUUGGGAGUGAGUUCAACUCUGAACAUGUAUUUUGCAAGCUUCAGAUAUACAUCACCAACUUUUCUUGCAUCUAUGGUCAACACCAUAGCUUCCUUGACCUUUGUUAUUGCUGUUGUUCUUAGAUUAGAAGCUGUUGAUAUUAGGAGCGGUCGCGGGAUGGCGAAAGUUGCCGGGACCUUAGUGUCCUUAGCUGGUGUAACAACAAUGACAUUGUUCAAGGGACCUGUCAUGAAACACCCAUGGCAUCCUCUAAUUCACAUCCAAAGCAACUCCAUCAUCCAUGAGAAUUGGCUCAAGGGUUCACUUCUUGUAGUUGCUAGCUGCAUAACAUGGUCUCUCACGUACAUUAUGCAGGCACUUACACUGAAGCGCUAUCCAGCACAACUGUCACUGACCACAUGGAUGUCGUUUAUCGGGGCAGCACAAUCAGCCGUGUUCACGGUUAUCGUUGAGCAUAGAGCAGCAGCUUGGACAAUAGGGUUCAACAUUGACUUGUGGUCAACUAUAUAUGGUGGAGUGGUGAUCUCUGGAAUAGUAUUUUACUUUCAAUUAUGGUGCACAGAAGAAAAAGGGCCAGUUUUUGUGACCAUGUUCAAUCCUCUUUCCACAAUAUCAGUGGCAGUGUUUGCAUACUCUGUCAUGGGUGAAAAGCUCUACUUCGGCAGCAUAUUAGGGGGAGUUAUUGUAAUCAUUGGCCUCUAUUUGCUGCUAUGGGGAAAAGAACAUGACCAAGAUGAUGACACCAGAAAGAACGAUGAAAACAAGAUGCAGAUACUCACUUCAGCUGAACCACAAGUUUCACAUGACAAACCUUAACUAACACAAAAUAAUCUCUCUUCCAAACAAAACCAAAGGCUUAUAAAAAAUUGAGUAACUCAAAUAAAAAUACAAAAUUUGAACAAGAAACAGCGAGGAUGCAUAUGCUCUGCCAAGGUGUGCUUCAGAAACAAAAUGUAUAUAUAUAUAUAUAUUAUUAUUAUUAUUAUUAUGACAGGAACCAGACUUUCACGUGAUGAGUUCAUGAAACGCAAUCAUUUUGCCUA